AACCCCAACAAAGGUUUGACUGAACCCUACUGGCCCCUCCGCCGUGACCACCGUUGAACCGGUGACAGUAUCCGGCAAUCCGUUUUCCGACCGAGAGAUGAGAACUUCGGGAUCUCAAUUAUGCACGAAGCCUGGUGUCACUUGGUUCCAGAGAAACCUGAGCUCCUUGUCUUGUGCAUCUCCGACGCUUCUCAGAUUCUCCCCACCUUUGUCUUCUUUCCCGACCAAACGAUCCUCUCGGCUGCAGAUUAUGUCUGCUGUUCAGUUCCGUCCUUGCAUUGACAUUCACAAGGGAAAAGUGAAACAGAUUGUUGGGUCAACUCUUCGUGAUUCGAAGGAAGAUGGUUCAGUUCUUGUCACAAAUUUUGAAUCCGAUAAAUCUGCUGCGGAGUAUGCACGUAUGUACAAGGAAGACAGGCUUACAGGUGGCCAUGUCAUUAUGCUUGGUGCCGACCCUUUAAGCCAAGCUGCGGCAAUUGCAGCCCUUCAUGUUUAUCCUGGCAGUUUGCAAGUUGGAGGUGGAAUCAAUUCAGAUAAUUGCAUGAAUUACAUUGAGGAGGGAGCCAGCCAUGUCAUUGUCACUUCGUAUGUGUUUAACAAUGGAAGGAUUGACCUUGAAAGACUCGAGGGCCUUGUACGCAGUGUUGGGAAACAAAGACUUGUAUUGGACCUAAGCUGUAGGAAAAAGGAAGACAAAUAUGCAAUUGUUACAGAUAGAUGGCAGAAGUUCAGCGAUGUCUACCUUGACGAGAAAUCAUUGGAGUUUCUUGCAAGCUAUGCAGAUGAGUUUCUUGUCCAUGGGGUAGAUGUUGAAGGGAAAAAGCUAGGGAUUGAUGAAGAGCUUGUUGCAUUGCUGGGCAGAUAUUCUCCGAUUCCAGUAACUUAUGCGGGAGGCGUCACCGUGAUGGAUGAUCUAGAGAGGAUCAAAGAAGCCGGGAAUGGGCGAGUGGAUGUGACUGUGGGUAGUGCUUUAGACAUCUUCGGAGGCAACUUAGCUUACAAAGAUGUCGUCGCUUGGCACUACAACCAGGAAUCAUCAAAAGUCAAGUAAGAGGUAAUACUGCGGAUAAGAUUGGUCACUGACAAGUCAUGGGUUAUGGAUAUAAGUCGCUGUAAUAGUUACAUUAUGCCGAAAGGGCGGCAUAUGGGUCGUCACCAAAAAAAAGAAGGGCCAAGUGUUUGGCUCUGUUUUUUUUGUAUCAGAAGCGUGCACUCUUGUCCUGUGGGGACAGUGUAAAUCACUUGAUUCACCAUGAAUCUCCACAUUGUAAAGCCAAGAAGAAAAGAGGCUAAUGUUAUGGUGUUGUUGCUUUCAUGUUAGCAUUUCA